AUGAGGAUCAUCUCUUUUUCUCUAACAAUUCUCCAGCUUCUUCUGUUGUCUUCGUUCUUCUCUUCUAUUGCAACCUCACAAGACAACUUCUUCAAAUGUCUGUCAAGCAACAACAUCGGAGACGAUGAUUUGCCCAAAAUAACAUACAUGCAAAGCAACAUCAACUACACAAACAUCUUACAAGAAUACAUCCGAAACGGCCGUUUUAUAAACACCACAAACACCCCUAAGCCAACCCUAAUCCUAACCCCUUUUCAAGAAUCGCAAGUCCAAGCAAUAGUCAACUGCGCGAAGAAUGUCAACCUACACCUCAAGAUCCGAAGCGGGGGCCACGACUACGAGGGUCUGUCCUACAUGUGCAAAGCCCCGUUCGCAAUCCUAGACAUGUUCAACCUCCGGUCCAUCCAAGUCAACAUGAAGGACGAGACCGCGUGGGUCCAAGCGGGGUCCACACUGGGCGAGCUCUAUCAUAAAAUUUGGGAAAAUAGUAAAGUCCACGGUUUUCCAUCCGGAGUUUGCCCCACCGUGGGUGUAGGCGGCCACAUCAGCGGCGGCGGCUAUGGCACGAUGAUUAGAAAAUACGGUCUUUCCGUCGAUCACGUGGUGGACGCAAGAAUCGUUGUUGCUAAUGGGAGCAUCUUGGAUAGAGCAUCUAUGGGGGAGGAUCUUUUCUGGGCUAUUAGAGGCGGCGGCGGCGCUAGCUUCGGUGUUGUACUUUCUUACAAAAUAAACCUCGUACCGGUGCCUGAAAUUGUCACCGUUUUUAGGGUUCCGAGAACUUUGGAACAGAAUGCGGUGGAUCUUGUUUACCGUUGGCAAAACAUUGCACCCCAACUCGAAAACGAGCUAUUUAUUAGGGUUUAUAUACAGACAGUUAAUACUACUGGAAACAGCAAAAUUACACUACGGACAUCUUUUAUUGCAAUGUACCUCGGAGAUUCCGACAAACUGGUCUCAAUCAUGAAUAAGAAGUUUCCAGAACUAGGGUUGAAGAAGGAGGAUUGCAAGGAGAUGAGCUGGAUUAAAUCAAUCCUGUUUUGGGGAGAAUUUCCGGACACGGCAAUAGAAUCGGAUUUGCUGAGCAGAAAAGCUUUGGUUACAAGCGCGUUCAAAAUGAAAUCGGAUUACGUGAAAACCCCGAUUUCGAGGGGUGAUUUGGGAAGAAUAUACCAAAAACUGAUAUCAUCUGGAAACAUAUGGAUGGCGAUGAAUGCGUACGGAGGGAUGAUGAGUGAGGUAGCCGACACUGAAACGGCGUUUCCGCAUCGGGUCGGAAAUAUAUACAAGAUUCAGUAUUUGACCUACUGGAACGAAACCGGGCCCGAUUCGGACAAGGCUAAUAUACAAAGCAUUAGGAAUUUCUACGAUUUUAUGACGCCGUUUGUUUCCAAGAAUCCAAGAGAAGCGUUUUUGAAUUAUAGAGAUAUUGAUAUUGGGAGUACAGAUAAUGUAGGCCCGAAUGCGUACAGUGAAGCUAGGGUUUAUGGUGAGAAGUAUUUCAAGGGUAAUUUUGACCGAUUGGUGCAGGUGAAGACCAAGGUUGACCCCACCAAUUUCUUCAGGAAUGAACAAAGUAUUCCUGUUCUAAUUAAGAAUUAGGCUUGCUUUAUUAUUAUUAUUUUAAAUUUCUUAUUUUUUUUAAGAAGAAAUUAGGCUUGAAAUGUUAAUCACAAAUAAAUUGCGUCCCGAAUGCAUGUAAUUGACGUUAUACAUAUAGAAACACAAUAAAGAUGAAAUUAAUAAAUAGAUA